AAAGGGUUGAUAGUUUUCUAUGUUCACAUCCAAAUUUACUUCAAAUUCUAAUCAUUUAUUCCCAAAUAAAUAUCGAGUUUUGUAUUCAGUAUGGACAAGCCACAGUAUGCUCGCGUGGUGAAGGUCCUUGGCCGCACAGGAUCCCGAGGACAGUGCACUCAGGUGCGGGUUGAGUUCCUCGGCGACCAGAACCGCCAGAUUAUUCGCAAUGUUAAAGGACCUGUGCGCGAGGGCGACAUCCUGUCGCUUCUGGAAUCCGAACGCGAGGCUAGGAAACUGCGCUAGGAAGAUAUUACCUUGUAAUGCACAUAACGCACAUAAUUAAAUAAAAAACAAGUUAAUGAGCGAA